ACCGGACCCAGUAACAUUUGCAUCGCUGUCGAUUGAACGUUAAGGUCACGAGUUAACGUAUGCGAAUGAAAUAGAAUCAAAUAAUAGUUUAUCAACCACAGGAACGAUAUUAGAUUUAGUUGUUUGUGAUUUGAUUUCGAGAACAGAAGUACUUCAGUUAUUUUCCAGAGAUUUUGGCGUUGUGAGACGUUUGAAGAUGAAAGUAUUUGCGUUAGUAUCAAGUGGACUCAAUUAUUCGUUUGUUGCGUGAAGAAGAAAGUGCAAAUCUGUCUUAUGUUGAAUACUCCAUCAUUUCGACGAAUAUUGGCUCAAAUCGCUUUCUCACAACCAUCAACCAUAAAUAUUCGUGCCACUUUUAACCAUUUUCAAUAAUUUGCUCAUAAUACCAGUUAAUAGCUGUCAUUUGGCAAUCACGUGUCGUAUUGUUGAAACGAAAUACACACCGUUCGCAAUGGAACCGAAUGCUGAAGAGAGUGACGAUGAAAAAAAGCAAACAAUCAAUGGGAAAUUUGCAUACAUUUGUGACAAUGGAACCGUUAACACUCAUGGCAUUUCAUGUGAUAGUCCCGUAAUUUUGAUAGUGAAUUGAAUUUCGGUUUAGUAUUCGAUUAACUCGUGGUCGGAUCGAAUGACUUUUUUCUUCCAAACAGCAAUUAGCAAGAGUAGUAACAGACGGCCGGUGCUAAUUAAUUUGUAAAAUACCAUUCAGUAGAUACAUUCGUAUCGCAUAAUUGGCGUUAUGGUUUUGUCGAUUCGAAAAAAAUUGCUUUUGGCUGUUGUGAGCGCUGCCGUAGCUGGUGCACUAUUAACCGCUGUGAUAUUCUAUUUAAAAUGGGAAGAUGAUGAAGUCACUCAUCAAACGGCUGUGGUUACGAAUGGAUUGGAGUGUUCGGCCAUUGCUGGUAAAAUAUUGAAAAAGGGUGGUUCGGUGGCGGAUGCUGCAAUUGCAGCCUUACUUUGCGAGGGAGUCACCUGCCCACAGAGUACAGGUCUCGGCGGUGGUUUUGUGAUGACAAUUUACAUAAAAGAGGCGAAUAAAGUGGAAACAUUAAUUGCCCGUGAUGUGGCUCCCUUGGCAGCCACAGAGGAGAUGUUCGUGAAUACAACAGUCACCGGGGGAAAAGCGGUUGCUGUGCCUGGCGAAUUAAUGGGAUACUAUGAGUUACAUCAAAAGUAUGGCAAGCUAAACUGGUCUGACUUAUUCGAUCCAACCAUCGAGUUGUGUCGCAAGGGCCAUAUGGUGAGUCCAUAUUUAGCUAAUAUUUUGAAAAAGAAUAAGAAAAAGGUUGAAGACUCGCCCACACUUGCUGAAGUCUAUAUCGAUCCCACCACAAACGAUGUGUACAAAGAAGGUGAUUACAUCACGAGAAAUAAAUUGGCUGACACAUUAGAAAUUAUCAAGAACGAAGGCGUCGGUGCGAUCUAUAACAAUGGAUCCAUUGGAAGAGCAAUAAUUGAGGAUAUUCAGGAUGCUGGCGGCAUUAUGACAAUUGAAGAUCUGAUGCAAUACAAAGUGCGGUGGGAGACCCCAAUUUCGGUGAAAGUAAUGGGCAAUAAAACACUUCAUACUUUGCCAUUGCCAGGAAGUGGAGCAAUGGUUGCAUUCAUCAUGAACGUCUUGAAUGAUUACUUGCCAAGACAAGAGUCGGUGGUAUCGAUGCAACGAAUCGCCGAGGUGUUUAAAUUUGCAUACGCCGAGCGAACCAAAUUGGGCGACGGUCGGUUUUAUGAAAAUGCACUAAAAGUGGUGCAAAACUUAACAAGUAUCGAUUUUGCAACGGAAAUUCGAAAAAAGAUCGAAGAUAAUAAGACAUAUCAAGACUAUGCGCAUUAUGGAGCGAAUUUUUCGUCGGAAACCGAUCAUGGGACAGCACACAUCAAUAUUUUGGCUCCAAAUGGGGACGCAAUAUCAGCUACCGGCACCAUUAAUACAUUAUUUGGAUGCAAAAUUAUUUCAAAAACUGGAAUAAUUUUAAAUGAUGGCAUGGAUGAUUUUGCAGUGCCUGGUAAGGAUAAUGCGUACGGCAUUCCACCAUCGCCAGCAAACUUUAUCACGCCACAAAAGAUGCCAUUAUCUUCGAUGUCUCCUACGAUUUUGAUUGAUGAGCAUCGAAAUGUUCAAAUGCUGAUUGGAGCUGCAGGAGGCUCGAAAAUAACUUCCUCUGUUGCAUAUGUGUUGUUACGAUACUUGUACUUCAAUGAAUCGAUUACAGAUGCGGUUACCGCUCCGCGAAUUCACCAUCAGUUAGCUCCAAUGCAAUUGGAGUAUGAACAGGGGAUUCCAGACGAUAUUGUUAAAGGAUUACGUGACAUUGGCCAUGUAAUGUAUGAAAUUCCUCCGGACAGCGGGUUUGCCUCUCUAACGGCCAUCGCUCGUGAAGGCAAAAAACUUGUUCCUGUUUACGAUCAUCGAAGAAAAGGAAGCAUUGAAGUAUCCUAAAUUAUUUGAUAUUAUAAUUUGAUGGGCAUUUCGAAGGUAUUUUCAUAAACAUGUAUUGUGAUAAUAGAAAUGUUGCCGUAUUUGUUAAUAAGUUAGCGUUAUAUAAACCAUUUGCUCCACUGAUAUAGUAUUAGAUUCAGUUUUAUGACUGGGCCAUAUUUGUGUUUGCUUGAAUAUACAAAUUUAAAUUAAAUUAAACGUAAUUAAGACUCAUUGUGACAUUCAUUUAAUUGCUCAAUAAAAUGAUUUUGUGAACAAAAA